UCUAGGCAAAAUAAUUAUAUUCUAAGAUUAAAAUACUUUAACUAUUUACAAAAUUUAAGGCUGUAAAUAAAAUAUGAGUGAUAUUUCAGAAGCAUAUUUGAAUGCUGUUAUGAGCAACGUCGCUACAGUACUUCAAUUAAAACAAUGGAGUUUUAAUAAACAAAGUUUCGAAAAUAUAGCUCAAAACUAUUUUGGUAUUCUUAUUCCCACAAUAUUAACUGGCAGUAGUUGUGAAAAAAAUGUAAAUUUUUCUGUUGUUUUAAAACUAGCACCAACUGAUGAAAGAUAUAGAAUUAGUGGAGCAGUAACAGUUAUGUUUCUAAGAGAAAUAUUUGUUUACACCAAACUUCUUCAUAAAUACCGAGAAUUUCAAAAUCUUUAUGCAAUAUCACCACGUUUUGUCAUACCUAAAUGUUAUUAUGUCUGUUCAGAUUAUUGUAAGGAAGUUAUUGUAAUGCAAAACAUGUGUGUAAAGGGCUAUAAACCAUAUGUGGGAACUAAGUUUUUAGAUUUAGAUCAUAUAAUUAUAGCAUUAAAGUCUUUGGCAAAAUUUCAUGCGUUAUCAUAUUUAUUGAAAGAAAAAAAUGAGGAUGCAUAUGAAGAAGUGAAAGAAUACUGUAAACCGUUAACGGAGAAAAGUAAUAAACGGUAUAUUGAUAUCAUGACAGAUAGACUUAAAAAGGCAUUGAAGAUAUUUGAAAAUACUGCAUAUGUACCUUUGUUAGAAAUGUUAGAACGGAAGUGUGUCAAACUUAUUGAAUCAGCGACCAAUUCAACUAAAAGUUUGUGUCUUUGUCACGGAGAUAUGUGGAUGGCAAAUUUACUCUUUCAGUAUAAGGAUGACAUACCAAUAUCUGCUUGUAUAAUAGAUUACCAAACAACAAGAAUUUGCAGUCCAGCAUUUGAUGUAUUGUAUUUAAUUGUGAGCAGUACUUCAACAUUGUUAAGAAAAGAGCAUUAUGGACUAUUGUUGGAUACAUAUUAUCAAACAUUUGAACAAACACUUAGUCAAGUGAAUUUAAACUCUAAUGGUAUUUAUACUAAAGACAUGUUUCAAUAUGAUUUAAGUAUAGUUGGACCGGCAUGUCUCAUAACAGCAAACACAUCUACUUGGUUAUCAAGUGGUUUACAGCGGGAAGGUCAUGUAAGAAGUAAGAUUAUACUCAAUACAGAAAAAGAAAUGCAGGAGGCUGUGUCAAAAUAUACAAUCAUCAUAAAAAAUAUAAUAGAUGAUUUAACAAAUUAU